GUGUAGUACGGAAAACGUUUCCGAAUGCGUACUACCGCCACAGUAAACAACGGAGUUCACCACGCUAUCCCACAAUGCAACCGGAGUCUGGUAACGAACGAAGAAGAGAUGGCUGACCCGACACCACCAGAAAGACGUCGUAGAAAGCGGCGAAAGAAAGAGUCAUUAAAAAGAGUAAAAAAGUAAAGUAAGUAAUUAAGUAAAAAGAGACAUUGUUAAUUUAAUAGCAAUGAUGACAAGACGGGAAAAAGGUAACUUAUCAAGGUAAUUUUGCCGGCAUCUGAGGGGAGAUCCGUCAUCUCCAAACAUCCGGUGGAGUUUCGGCGGUGUUCGGAAGUGUUCGGAGGUGUUCUACGCAUAGCUGUGUGUAGACCGUACUACACCGUCAAGUGUGGUACGGUCAAGUAGUAGACACUGAACAGAAAUAGCAUGGAGGUCCUGAAGAAGAAUGAGAGGAAGCGUGGAAGGCAUGGUCAAACCAUGGAGCCAGAUUGGCCAACUGUGUACAGGGUUACUGAGGUUACGGAAAAUAACCUUGUGCAGCUGGAGAACUUGGAUGGAAAGCCAUUGAAGACCAGGACACCCUAUGCUUCAGUGAAGCCUGUGCGGAGAAGAUCCCAGGCUGCCUGUCCCACCAAGGAGACUGUGUCCGAUCUAUCCGAGCCAUCAGAUUCAGAGUUGGAGGAGGACCCACUAGAGGACUUGGAUGUUGUCAUCACUAGUGUCCAGCCAGGCCGGGCUUAUCAAGCUUCACUGAGCAAUAGGGUGGAGCGCUUCAGGGCCAUGCUCAGCAACCCAAGUACUUGGUUGGAUGACCGUGCUAUGGACCAUGCUCAGGCCCUGCUUAAGGCUAAGUAUCCAAACGUCAACGGGCUCUACGCCACCACCUCCCUAGCCUUGCUGUCCACUUUGCCCGAGCCAGCGCAAGGGUUUGUACAGAUACUCAAUGUUUCUGCAAAUCACUGGGUUACGGUAAGUGACAUUGGCUGCCAGGGAGGUUCAGUAAACAUUUUUGACUCCCUAGGACACACCAGGACAGAGGUCUUAAUUGAACAGGUCACAGGUCUGCUUGCUUUUCCAGGGAAGAAUGUCCGACUGCAGUGGCCUGACAUACAGCAGCAGGCAGGUGGUUCAGAUUGUGGACUGUUUGCUAUUGCCAACAGUUUUGCUCUCUGCAGCGGUGAGGGUCCCACCGCAGUCAUAUACCAUCAAGGACAAAUGCGCAGUCACCUCUUUUCCUGUUUUCAGUCUGGAGAAGUGCAACUCUUCCCUAGAGCCAUGAGGUCCCCCACUGCCGAGCCAUUCGCCAUUGACGUGGAUGUGCACUGCCUCUGCAGACGGACCAUCGUGCAAGGAAAAGCACCUCUGGUCCCAUGCAGGAGGUGUGAUAGGCCCUUUCACCAGUCCUGUCUUUCCCAUGUACAGAAUAUUUAUGAAUACAUUUGUCCAAAUUGUCAAAUCAUAUUCUAACUAUUCUGCUCAGUUUUUUUCCUUUGUAGGACUGGUAGGUAUGAGUCCCUUUGCUGGAGAGUUAUUUGGUUCUUGUUAAUAUUCAGAUUUUCCUUAAUAGUUCUACUGUCAAUAUUGCUGUUCGUAUGUUAUGGAUAUUGUAUAUAUUUAAUGCAUCUUCUAAACAGUAUAAUAUAGCCUGAUAAAUUAUUGGAGUGGAUCAAUAAUAUAUGUUCAACACUUUUGCUAUUUUUGAUUGUACAGCACUUUGGUCAACCGUUGUUGUUUUUACAUGUGUUCUAUAAAUACAUUUGAGUUGAGUUGCGUCAGCCUUAAAAAAAUAAAAUAAAAAUAAAACCCUCUCUAAAGGUCUGUAC